AUGGUGUUAAAUUCAGCGCUAGUGGCCGGAGGGUUCGUUGCAGGAGUUGGAACUUACGGCCUGGUGCAAUACGCGGUGGGUUGGUGGCGCAGCUCACGAUUGACCGGAGAGGAACAAAAUGUGGAACCGCCCUCAAAUGAACCGAUAUUAAUAACAGAACACAGAGUAGACGAGGAGGUCGAGGAGGUCCCACGUGGACCAAGACCGGAUUUGGGAGAGGAACAAAAUGUGGAACCGCCCCUAAAUGAACCGAUAUUAAUAACAGAACACAGAGUAGACGAGGAGGUCGAGGAGGUCCCACGUGGACCAAGACCGGAUUUGGGAGAGGAACAAAAUGUGGAACCACCCUCAAAUGAACCGAUAUUAAUAACAGAACACAGAGUAGACGAGGAGGUCGAGGAGGUCCCACGUGGACCAAGACCGGAUUUGGGAGAGGAACAAAAUGUGGAACCACCCUCAAAUGAACCGAUGUUAAUAACAGAACAAAGAGUAGACGAGGAGGUCGAGGAGGUCCCACGUGGACCAAGACCGGAUUUGGGAGAGGAACAAAAUGUGGAACCGCCCUCAAAUGAACCGAUAUUAAUAACAGAACACAGAGUAGACGAGGAGGUCGAGGAGGUCCCACGUGGACCAAGACCGGAUUUGGGAGAGGAACAAAAUGUGGAACCGCCCUCAAAUGAACCGAUAUUAAUAACAGAACACAGAGUAGACGAGGAGGUCGAGGAGGUCCCACGUGGACCAAGACCGGAUUUGGGAGAGGAAAAAAAUGUGGAACCACCCCCAAAUGAACCGAUGUUAAUAACAGAACACAGAGUAGACGAGGAGGUCGAGGAGGUCCCACGUGGACCAAGACCGGAUUUGGGAGAGGAACAAAAUGUGGAACCACCCUCAAAUGAACCGAUGUUAAUAACAGAACAAAGAGUAGACGAGGAGGUCGAGGAGGUCCCACGUGGACCAAGACCGGAUUUGCGACUUUAUAUGGAAAGGUUGGUUAGAGAAGAGAGGAGGAAGCAUGCUUGUAUGAGAUGCAAGGAGUUCGGGCACCUCGGGCACCAGUGCCGUCUGCCCUGGGUGGAGUCCAAAGAAAGUCCCGAGCAUAAUGCAACAAGAACCAGGGGGCGCCGUAGGCGUUAGAGAUCACUCUAGUGAUCUCAGUACAUGCACCGUUCUAUACCCUGAUCGCUAAGAGAGCAUGCC